AAAGCGUAGUUUGAGAAUUAAAAUGGCUAUAUAAGAGCAUACAACCUGAACGGCAGCAAAUCAAAUCUAAUCUGAGAAACCAGUUUGACAAUUUGACAAUUUGACAAUUUGAAUGUCCGAAAUGGAAAGGGCAGACAGAGCAAUGAUGUCAACAGUGGAGAUACUGUGAAGGCGCUCCCCGUCUUCAACAAUUCUGUUGACGGUUGGGAUCUCCACACAGCCAUUGUCCGCAUUGAUCCACAUUAAACCCAUCUCACUCGGACCCUCAACACACUACUCUCCGCCAUGGAGGCUUCAUUCAGGAUCUUCAAUUCCUCGGCUCUCAAUCGCCGCCACCUCUCCGCUUCACUUCUUAACAAAUCUACUUCUCUCAAAUUCCCUCCCACCCUUCACCGUCCUUCACUCUGUCGGAGGGUUUCGCCGUCUUCUCCGCUCUUCGUCGCUUUUCCCAACGUUGUUUCCAUAAACCCCAAAUGUUUCGCUCGCAUUCGCGCUUCCUCAUCGAUCGGGCCUUUUCCGCCGUGCCCUUCUCCAAAUUCUAAUCCAUUUGGGUUUCUUCUAUCUCUCUCUCAUUCUCACUCCUCUCCUCCGCUGGAGUUCGAUUCCAAUGAGAAGGUUCUGGAGUGGAAUCGAGCUCCCGAGGGAGGCGUUAAUGGCGGAAGUGUAAGGGAUCGUGGUCCUGCCGUCACGGUGGUGUUGCUGGGUUGGCUUGGAGCGAAGCCGAAGCACUUGAGGAGGUACGUGGAUUUGUAUACUUCCAGGGGAAUUCACGCCGUAACUUUCGUUGUUCCCGUGAGAGAGGUGCUCUGGAUUGAUUUGGGAAGGAGGGUUGAGAAACGGAUCGCGGAGAUGACUCAGGAGCUGGUUUCGUGGUUAUCGGAAACGGAAAAUGAUGGUCGCGAGCGGCACUUGCUUUUUCACACCUUCAGCAAUACCGGUUGGUUUGCUUAUGGUGCAAUUCUUGACCACUUGCAGGGUAGACCGGACCUAAUGGAGAAGAUCAAAGGAUGUGUCGUUGAUUCGGGAGGUGACCCGGAAAUAAAUCCUCAGGUCUGGGCAGCUGGAUUUUCUGCUGCACUGCUGAAAAAAAACAGCUCUUCAGCAUACUCUUUAGUUGAAGUCACAGAAAGAAAUGAAUCCAAAAGCAAAGUAGAUUCAUCAAAGGUGCAAGAAAAGGAGCCUCUGAUAAUUGAAACCAUGCUUUUGUCGGUAUUAGAGUUCUUCUUCUCUGUUAUUCUAAGGUUGCCUGAUGUAAAUCGGAGGUUAACAAAGAUCAUCUCCAUCCUCUCAAAGAACCAGCCUCCCUGUUCACAACUUUACCUGUAUAGCACAGCUGAUAAAGUCAUUCCAUAUCACUCAGUAGAAAUGUUUAUCAAUGAGCAGAUGAGGAUGGGAAAAAAAGUGCGGUCCUUUAACUUUGGAUUAUCCCCCCAUGUAGACCAUUACAGGACUUUCCCAAAUCUAUAUUCUUCAGAAAUACAUAAUUUCUUGAAGGAGUGUUUGGCUGAAGUCAAGAAGAUGUAAAACCUGCUUUUUGUGGGGCAAUGGAAGCCCAUUAAUGGCAGCAUUGGUAGAGAACAAUAUUUAAAUCUUGAUGCUCUUGUUAUAUCAUUGUAGCUUCACUUUUCCCAAUCUUUUUGGCAUAGAGGAUGUAUUAUCGUUCACUUUUCUCGAAGUUGAAUCAUAGUUCACUCUUGAA